UCUUUUCACCGUUUAAGAGAGAGAGAGAGAGAGGGAGAGAAAGAGUGAGAGAAUGACGACGGCAGCAACAGUGGCGGCAGAAGAAGAAGAAGAAGAAGCAGCAGCAGCUACGACUGGUUUGAUCCCUCCUCUCUCCUAUCUGUCCUUUCUACGUACGAUCUGUUUUUGUUGCUAAUGUUCUUCUUCUUCCUAUUUUUUGUUUAUUGCUCCAGAAAACAAAAACGGUUUUGGGGUUGGGGAAGUGGGAUAAAGAGGGGUGGAAUCGUCAAUUUUUGUGGGAGAUUAGGGGUAUAAGUUAGGGAUACCUCAAACCCUGUCCAUGGGUAAGACCCCCUAAUACCCCUUUACCCGGUUUUACACAAGAACGGGAUAAAACAAUACCCAGCCUCAAAUGGCUUCCCAAACCAGGGAUAAGCCGUGGGCCCAAGUAUAAAUGGGGGUAUUAGUUAUCCCCUUCCUAAGCCGGCAUCCAAACGAGCCCUAUAAGGUUUUGUUUGGAGGGGAGGUUAAUCCCUAUAAAUUUCGAGGUGCGGUAUCCUCUCCUCUUAUACUUCUUAUUCAUGCCUAAAAAUCAUCAUCAGAAAUUGAAAAGCACGGGAGGGAUAGGGUUUUCUUAUUCAAGUUUUUCAGAUUGCUCCCAAGAAGAAGAUGAAGAUCUCUCAACCAGAGAAGGUAAUCAGGAGUUCAGACGGAGAUGCGCUAAAGAUGAGGCAACCUUCACUAGGAGUAGGUGGAGGAGGAGAAAUGGGUCAGAAGAAGGUCAGAAGAGUGAUACGUUGUAUCUAUCCCUUUGACAAUGUACAACUAGAACCUGUUUAUGAUUAUGAUUAUUCCAGUGGAGAAGAAGUUGUUUUCGUGGACUGCGUUCAUGAGGAUUCGCUUGACUGGUUGUCAGAGUGCAAUCGGUUGAUGUUGUUGGAGGAGGAGAAUUUCGAACAGUUUGUUCAUAGCGCAAUGGCGGUGGAGAAGGGAUUGGACGAGUAUAACAGGCCAAAGCUGAAGAUCGUUUACGUGGAUCCCAUUGGCGGGGAUGAGACAUGGGUUACAGGGUUACAGUACAAGUUUCUUGACUCGGAGACAGAUGCGGUGGAGAAGGAGGAGGGCUUGUGUUUGGAUCGCCCUAGGCUUAUCUUUGUAAUUCAGGAUAAGGAUUUUUGGCCGGGAACUGAUUCCGAUCCUGAAGCAAUAGAAAGGCGUCUCGUUAAAGAGGAGAAGAAGGUAGUCAUCUAUGACGGAGAUCUCAACCCAGAAUUGCCUGGCUAUUCGUUCCUUGUGGACAACCAUCCGUGGUUGAAGGCCGAAGAGCUUAUAUUCUCUGCCACUGCCUCGAAGAAGGUUAAAAGGCGUUGUCUUCGAAGUUGUGAACCUCCCUUGGACGAAAAGGAAUUGGAACAAGUUGCUCUUGUUGAAAAUCUGGAAUCGUCUUGCUCGCUCAUUCCUCCUCCGGUGGAUUCCUCUUGCUCUGUUUUUCAGAUUGCUCCCAAGAAGAAGAUGAAGAUCUCUCAACCAGAGAAGGUAAUAAGGAGUUCAGACGGAGAUGCGCUAAAGAUGAGGCAACCUUCACUAGGAGUAGGUGAAGGAGGAGAAAUAGGUCAGAAGAAGGUCAGAAGAGUGAUACGUUGUAUCUAUCCCUUUGACGAUGUACAACUAGAACCUGUUUAUGAUUAUGAUUAUUCCAGUGGAGAAGAAGUUGUUUCGUGGACUGCGUUCACGAGGAUUCGCUUGACUGGUUGUCAGAGUGCAAUCGGUUGAUGUUGUUGGAGGAGGAGAAUUUCGAACAGUCUGUUCGUAGCGCAAUGGCGGUGGAGAAGGGAUUGGACGAGUAUAACAGGCCAAAGUUGAAGAUCGUUUACGUGGAUCCCACUGGCGGGGAUGAGACAUGGGUUACAGGGUUACAGUACAAGUUUCUUGACUCGGAGACAGAUGCGGUGGAGAAGGAGGAGGGCUUGUGUUUGGAUCGCCCUAGGCUUAUCUUCGUAAUUCAGGAUAAGGAUUUUUGGCCGGGAACUGAUUCCGAUCCUGAAGCAAUAGAAAGGCGUCUCGUUAAAGAGGAGAAGAAGGUAGUCAUCUAUGAUGGAGAUCUCAACCCAGAAUUGCCUGGCUAUUCUUUCCUUGUGGACAAUCAUCCGUGGUUGAAGGCCGAAGAGCAUAUGUUCUCUGCCACCGCCCCGAAGAAGGUUAAAAGGCGCUGUCUUCGAAGUUGUGAACCUCCCUUGGACGAAAAGGAAUUGGAACAAGUUGCUCGUGGAAAAUCUGGAAUUGUCUUGUUCGCUCAUUUCUCCUCCGGUGGAUUCCUCUUGCUCUGGUAGACCUUCUUCACCACCUCAUAAGAAGCAUCAUGUAUUCUAAGAGUGAAGCUGAUUGCCCCCUUGUGCUGAUGGACAGUUGCUGAUCUUCGUAUGGAUUUUGCUUCCUGAAGUACAUCGAUCUUUUGUGUUAUAUGAACAAAAACCCAAUCAGAUACAUCUAUUAUGUAGCUAAGUUUUAACUUAGAUGGCUUAUAUAUGCAGUGUGCUGUUCAAAUGAAA